ACCUAAUGCACCUUAGGUACCUACCUUAGGUAACUUUAUUCUUUUCUGCCUUUCCUCUCUCUUUCUCUUUCUCUCUCUCUCUCCCUCUUGGGUACUAGGCGAAUUCUUGAUUAAUUUAACCCCGCAUAGUCUCCGCUAGCUCUCAGCUUAAACCCUCGCCUCAGAUACUUUUGAUACCUUUUUUUUUUACUGUACAACACCCUGCCCGUUAUUCCUGCGUGCCUUGCGUACCUUAGACUCUAGAGUACUUCCCAACAGUAUCUUAUUAUCCUUAUCCUCUCCCAUUUAAGUUUUUUGGGGGUUCUUUUCCAAUCUCGCUUCACUCUAAGUCACCCCAUUCAGACAUUAUUGCGCGCGCAGGCCGUAGCACAACUUCCAUCAUUACUGUCCGUCAAUUAUGAACCAGAUUCAUGGUGGAUAUCAGGACUGCGGUGAGUUUCGAGGUUGAAACGACGCAUCAUCUUCAUGCCCAUGGCCACUGAUCCCGCUGCCUAUCCACAAGGCGCCGAGAACAUUCAUCAGGAUGCAGACCCAGAACCACAGCGCGGCCGCGGCUCCACGAGGAGCAAUAAGCUGGCUGCACCACUGCGAAUACCCAAAAACCGCAGUACUGGGAAUCUCGCCGUUGUGGCUGAAUUUCCCGAGAGAGGGAGGUUGAGGUUCUCUUUUGAUGCCGUAUCAGGCGCCGCAGAAUCUGACCAAAUCACAAGAUCUCCUAUAAUUACCGAACACGAUCAUGGGCUGGGUAUCUCCGGUCUACGACGCAUCCGCCAGCAUCCCACUCCUCGCACUCCUACCAUGCCUUCGAGCGCCGUAUCUUCGCGAAGUACGUCUGCCGGCCUCCCUCGCUCCACCUCGAUGUCUGUGAUGCUCCCUUCCGGACAUCAUACCCCACUAUUGGGCCCUUCGUCUCCCAACUUCUCCGAAGACCUCUCCCGCUUUCCGUCUGAGUCCCUGCACUCCUUCUCCUUCGCCCACCAAUCCGAAGAGUUUAUACACAACCGUCAAAAUGUGUUAAAACGAUCUAUAGAGUUUAUGAAAGAUCGUAUGGGAUGGGCUGUUUCAUCGAAUGCUGCGAUGGCCAGCGCUCAGGCUAGGGUUUCCGGUGAUAUUGAAACCCAACAUAUGCUUGACCUUCUUGCCAGGGCACAGUUAAUUGGAGCUGGAAAUUUGCCAAACGCCGACCCUUCCAUCAUUUCGGGCCCGUUGACUGGUCCUGCUCAAAUCCCACAAGGUAACGUUUUUGAGAAGGACUUCAUACCGAGGACAAGUAGUCCCGAGUCUUUCCUAACACCGCAUAUAUCUCCAAUGGCCCGAGUACCUCCUACGGAUCAAGCUCCAGUUACCACCGCGCAGCCUACAGGAAUUGAAAGGGGCGACUUGGAACCAAAGCAAGCAGAUUCGACUCAAGAGCAACCGGAUUCUGAGAACUCAUCGAGGACACCGACGAACGAAAGCGGUACCACAGCCAAAACAUCCCCUCCUAUAUCUAGACGACCGAGCUUGAAAAGAACAACUACGGAUGUAGCGUCGGCCGAGAGACAACAAAAACUUGUGGACGCCAUGGCGCAACCCUUCCUUGCUGGCUCGUCCGAAAGUUACUCCGAAGCAUUAGUAUCUCCCAUGCUCCCACCAUUAGCUAUGGGGUCGUCGCUCAGUUCAACCGGACCUCUGGGAUGCGUACAUGGUCAUGCAGCCCGGUGGGUUCCAGCCGCGCAGGCCAUCUUUACUACCGAAUCCAAACCUCCGUGGACGAUAUUGGCUGCGAAUGACUUGGCCUGCUUGGUAUUUGGAGUGACGAAAGCCGAGGUCCGCAAGAUGGGAAUCUUAGAAGUUGUGCAAGAGGAGAGACGAGCUUGGUUAGAGAAUAAACUCCUUCGCGCCGAUCCUGACGACGUGGGGCAGGCACCUGCGCAGACUGAACCACAGCCUGCUGCUCCCUCGGUUGGCUCAGCAUUCUUAGGGGGUCGUGGGGGUAUCACAGCGCAGUUACUAAGUAAGCCAAACUCGAGAUCCCAGCCACCAAAGACCCCAGCUCGGCGUGCGCAGACUGUCCACAGUGGAGAUACUACGCCAUCGAGGUCCCGAGGCGCGACCCAUCGCAGCUCAAAGUCAAGAGGGGUGCUGCUUUGCGGCGACGUUGUCCCUAUACAAAAGCGCAAUGGAGCAACGGGUUCUGCGAGUUUAUGGGUUAAGGAAAAGAGAGUAGGCUUGAUUUGGGUAUUAGAGGAAAUCCACGAGGAUGUUGCCUUCGUAGGCCUCGACGAUGAUGGAAUUGUCACAAAGAUUUCCGGAGAUAUGGGCCCAAUAUGGGGAGAUGAAAACCUACAACCCGGUAUGGAUAUCGGAAAACUGAUCCCUCGCAUUCCUCGACAAGGUAUCGACCCUAGAUAUGGCGCGAUAGACUACGCUCAAAUUGCGAAACGCAGGUAUUUCACUUGCCGAAAUCGUGCGAAAGUCAAUAUUCCUGCCAUAGUCGCGCAGACGAGGGGCCAGGCGGAACUACGCGUUUCAAGUUUUCCGCAUAUCGCAGGCAUUAUCGUGGUCUCUCCGGACACACUCCGGAUCAAGAGUUCAAACUCGGCAUUCUGCGGAGCCCUCUUUGGUUACGAAAAGCCUGAAGGGCAGUCGAUCACCAACCUCAUUCCACACUUCGACAAGGUUCUUGAGAUAUUGAUUGAUCACGACGGAAUACAUCUUCAGGAUGGCAUUGUAGUGCCAGAACACAGCUUCAGAAAAGCAUCCACUUUGCUGACCUUACAAGAUGGCAAGCCAGACGCUACAAGCGAUUUCCUAAAUCCUAACGGACUCCCAGCGAAGCACCGCGACGGUUCUGAACUAAAAAUAGACGUUCAGAUGAGAGUAGUACAGAGCGAGAAGCACACUGGUAAUGAUUCAGGAACAAGUGAUGAUGAGUCACAGGAUAGCGACAUCGAAUCAGAGAUGGUCUACGCGUUAUGGAUCACCUAUUCCCGCCAUUUACAUGCAUCCAACGUUAAGUCGUUAGCAGCUACCAGUUCUAAAUCACCAAUAUUGUCCGGAGCGGUAUCUCCUUUACACCAGCCAUCCCCCGGUCAAACGCCAGCGCACACGCCGAUGGACAUGAGCUCAGAUACGGAAGAGGCCAAAUCCAGGCCCAAUUCCGCUGCGUCGGGGUUGUCCAAACAACUUAAAGCGGCUGCGAUAAACGCGGCUACCCAGCAGCUCACUGGAUCAGCCACAAAUUCGGAAAAAGAAUCAACAUCAACAACAACAUCAUCAUCACCACUACCACUACCACUACCACCACCUAAAAAUGAUGCUCCGCAGCGGAAAAAAACAAUUGAAGAUUUUGUUAUCCUCGAAGAUAUGGGUCAGGGUGCUUACGGCCAAGUAAAACUAGCACGAUACAAGUACAACGGCGGGAAGAAAGUUGUAUUAAAGUAUGUGACAAAGCGGCGAAUUCUUGUGGAUACAUGGACCAGAGAUCGACGUCUCGGCACAGUCCCCCUUGAGAUACACGUCUUGGAUUAUCUCCGAAGAGAUGGCUUGAAGCACCCUAACAUUGUUGAAAUGGAGGAUUUCUUCGAGGAUGAAAUAAACUAUUACAUCGAAAUGGCUCCUCACGGAUAUCCCGGGAUGGAUCUCUUUGAUUAUAUCGAGCUCCGAGCUAACAUGGAAGAAGAUGAAUGCCGGAGCAUUUUUGUCCAAGUUGCUAGGGCGAUACACCAUCUACACAUAAAAGCAAAGGUGGUUCACCGCGAUAUCAAAGACGAAAACGUCAUUUUAGAUGGUGAAGGGAAUAUCAAGUUAAUCGACUUCGGAAGCGCAGCAUACAUCAAAAGCGGGCCUUUUGACGUCUUCGUAGGCACUAUUGAUUAUGCGGCUCCGGAAGUGUUAGCUGGCAAGCCGUACGGUGGUAAGGAACAGGACGUUUGGGCUCUCGGAAUCUUACUCUACACCAUUAUCUACAAGGAGAACCCAUUUUACAGCAUCGAUGAGAUAAUGGACCGUGAUCUAAGGGUACCAUAUGUGAUCAGCGAAGAAAGCAUUGACCUCAUCCGCUGCAUGCUCGACCGCGACCUUACGCGCCGAUACGACAUCGAACAAGUGCUUCAGCAUCCCUGGUGCCAGAUGGAUUAAGGACGUGAUGAUAAGGACGGGGAAGAACAGCUGGGCUGUACGAUGAAGGCCUAUGGGAGGAUAUGAGGAAGUAAAGGGGGUUUUUUUUUAUACGACCGGAUUUUUGGUUCUAUGGGCUAGCUAGACUGUUUAUUGGAGAACAGGGCAAAACAGCAAACAGAAUUGGGGAAUGAAGACAAUUUACUACUGCAUGAUACCUAGCUCUCGAAAGAAAAAA